UUCAAAAUGAGGAAGGUGGAAAGACGGCCGCCCACAUGUUCUUGUACUGCUUGCAAACUCGGUUUCCUCUUUCUCCGCCUCUCUUCCCCACGCUUUCUAUAUGCACAUACUGUAGUGUGUGUAUAUAUAUUACAAGGAGAUGGAUUGUACUCCAUCUUCUCUUGUGUAGGAGCUAAGUUUCAAUCCGCAUAUAGAUAUGGCAGAAUCUACCGGCGUCAAGUCUAAAUUUGAAUCCAUCAGGGGAUGGGUCGUUGACAACAAGCUUCGCACCGUUGGUGGGCUAUGGGCAAGCGGUGUAAUUGGAUCACUGGCUUACAAUUGGGGUCAGCCUGGCAAGGCUAGUGUUAAGAUCAUUCACGCUAGGUUGCAUGCCCAAGCUCUAACACUGGCUGCAUUGGUUGGGGCUGCAGUGGUGGAGUAUUAUGACCACAAGGCUGGAGGAGAAAAUGCAAAUCGGUACCCAAAGUUUCUUCCUUUGGAUGCUCACUCACAGAAGGAUUAGAUGGGCUGCAGUUUCUGUGUAAACUUGCUAGUAACCAAUGAGAAAUUGUGAGUGAAGCAAGGCUUACUGGUCUGUCUGCUCCAAGUGCACAUUUCAUUUCUAGGUUGUAUAACUUGAUUUUCUCAAUAUUAACAUGUUUUUGCAGUUCAUUACAUGUUACAAGCUUUAUGUCUAUACUUUCUGUCCUAUUCUUAAUGAUUCAUUCAGACUUUUCUGGGAACCAACCAGAACUUGUAUUCCUGGUUGCGUUGAGUUCUAUUCCUUCA